AUGGCAUCAUCAUCAUCAUCCUCAGACCUAAAGGGCGAGGACACGAGCUACGUGGAAAUGUACGACCCCAACGACGCCACUCUAAUAGGCAAACACUGCCAGGACGACUACUGCAACCAGCUUGACUUUCUACCCUUUCUUUGCCAGUCGUGCGGCAAGACUUAUUGCCUAGAUCACCGGAGCGAGACGGCCCAUAAGUGCGCCAAUGCGGGAGCGUGGGCGAAGCGCAAGCGCCUAGCGCAGCAGGCGCGCUCCUCCAUCGGCGGGAGCAAGACACUACGCGACAAGGUGUCGGAGAAGCCGUGCUCGACGCCCAACUGCAAAACGAUCGUGGGGACUUCCCUCACGCCGGGGGUCCACUGCUCAACGUGCAACCGUGACUACUGCCUUAAACACCGCCUGCAGGAGGACCACAAUUGCAAGAACCUAGUCCCCAUUGGCGCCAGGCCCAACCAGAUGGACCUGGUCGGCCAGCGCGCCAUGUCGGCUCUCGACCGCCUCAAGGCUUGGGGUAAGACACAAAAGGAGCAGGCAGGCAGGUCGCUGCCGAAACCCAAACCUAGCUCCACCUCGGCUAGGCUCAUCGCCGUCAACAACCUCAAGAAGACUGCCAAGGGCGAUGCCAAAGUACCUGUCGAGAAGCGAGUUUACCUGUACGUCGAGGCCGAAGCCGAGACUGCCAAGGCGAAAUUUCCAAAGGGAGAAUUCUUCUACUCCAAGGACUGGGUCGUCGGCCGCGUGCUCGAUGCCGCUGCCAAGGACCUCCAGGUCCAGAACAUCAACAACCAGAGCUCAGACGAGAGAGACAAGCUGCGUGUCUUCCAUGUUGAAGGUGGUAGGCUCCUUGAUUACAGUGAGAAGGUUGGCGUUGCGUUACAGAGUGGGAAUACGGUUGUGCUUCUAAGGGGCGUUGGAGCACCUGUAGACUUAAUAGAAAUGCGUUGGUGGUGGGAGCAUGAGAGCUCCAUAGCAUAUACACUCCUCCCAUACUUUCGAGAAUUUCUUGAAAUGCCGCCCCUCGUAUCGCGCAAACGCCUGCGCGGAUCGGCGACAGACGAUGAGGCUGCUGGUGCCUCUUCAUCAAGGGAGCAGCAAACUACCUCCACUCAGCAGCCUAAAACGUCUGGAUCAACACAACGCAAGUCCACCUUGUAUGAUGACCUAGAUGCAGCGAUAACACCGCAACAACCGUCUCUUCUACGAGGCCUGGAGGCCGAUGACGAUGGAUCGAGCUCGCUGAGUUCAAUGUCGGACACUGAGUUUGAGGACGUCCCAGCUGUGAAACGCCAAAGGACCGACGUCAGUGGUGAUGACGACGAUGAAGACGAAGAUGUCGAGUUUGAAGAUGUUGCCGCACUGGUUGCGGAACCAGCUGAUGCUCCCGUGACAUCGGGAGACCUGGAGUUGACCCUCAGCCGAGACGACAGAAUGUCACUCACAAAUACAUACGGCGACAAAAAGGGUCCCUCGAAGCGUGAAAGAAGCGUGCGUUACGCCACUCACAGACUUCACGUCUUGCUUCUAUUAUGGCACAAUUCUAUACGAAAUUCGUGGCUGUGCGACCCAGAGGUACAGGCCACCGUCAUCUCACAUCUACCGCCCAGGCUAUGGGACGAGGUGGAUCGGUGGAUGCGCAGUAGCGGCCUGGCCAAAGAGCGGUCUCCAGAACCAGCACCACCGUCGUUGAGGAGCAGCUCCAAGAAUAAGGGCAGGGUGAAGGGAAAGGCUUCAGAAGCUAAGGAAGACUCGUCUCGUGAUUGGAGUUCCGCAGCUGUGAGGUUGGAAGAGGGCGUUCCUGACAUGAGCCGUGGGGAUCCCUUAAUCCGUCUCAUGCAGUCUCUGACUGCGUGGUGGAGGCAGAGGUUCAAGGUCACAACGCCCGGUCUGCGAAAGCGCGGGUACAUGCCUCUAGAGCGACUGGACAGGUUGACCAAGGGUCACAAGAACAUGGAGCACAACGCCGACAUCUUUGGCGAGAAAAUAUCAUCUGUGGAAGAUAUGCGUCGCUGUGCUCGGAGCUGUCGCGGGAGCAGAGAUGUAGGCGCACAGCUCUUCACUGCCCUUGUGCGAGGAUUGGGAAUCGAAGCACGCCUUGUGGCCAACCUGCAGACCCUGGGCUUUGGAUGGAACAAGCUUGAGGACGCGGAGCCGGAGACGCAAAGGGAGAAGGACAGGCUUUCUGGGGAAGCCACGCCAUUAGCGUCACAGAAAACUGAAAGCAUCCCGACAAGGACCACGACAAAGCAAAGAAAGAAUAGCUCCGCACUCAUGAGCUCCCCGAAGUCUACACGUAAAGCUACAGGGACAGGCCCAAUCGUCCUGGACGAAUCGGACGAACUGGACGUAGAGUACAAGGAUACGGAUGACGAGUCGGUUGUUGAGAUGGAGGCCAGGCCAAAGCGGAUAGCAGCGGCCGCCAAGCAGUACGACACGGAUCUCGAGUUCCCGCACUACUGGACCGAGGUGCUGUCACCGAUAACGCAAAAGUACCUACCAGUCGAUCCGAUUGUCAAGAACGUCGUUGCCACGAACCGUGAGCUCGUCGAAAAGCUGGAACCACGCGGCGGCAAGGCUGAUAAGGCUCGUCAGAUGAUGGGCUACGUUGUGGGCUACUCAUCAGACGGCACCGCCAAGGACGUCACUGUGCGAUACCUAAAGAAGCAAAUAUUCCCCGGCCGGACAAAGGCGUCCAGAAUGCCUGUCGAAAAGGUCCCCGUCUACAACCGCUACGGGAAAGUCAAGCGGUACGAGCAGCUCGAUUGGUUCAAGGCGGCCAUGUCAGGGUACCAAAGGGGGUCUAGAAAAGCACCCAUAACGGAGGUUGACGAGGUCGAGGAUUCCACCGACCUGAAGCCUGCACAGCCUGAGAAGAAGGAAGUCAAGGAGGGCGAGGAGACGCUGCAGUACUACAAGCAGUCCAAGGAGUUUGUGCUGGAGAGGCAUCUCAAGCGCGAAGAGGGACUCAGGGCGGGCGCAGAGGUCGUCAAGAUCUUCCGGAACAAAGUCCGCGGCGGGAAGGUUGAGGAGCAGAAUGUCUAUCUACGAUCCGAUGUUCUGCAGGUUAAGAGUGCCGAGACCUGGCACAAGCAGGGCAGGGCUCCCAUUCAGGGAGAGGAACCGUUGAAGCGUGUGCCGUACCGGGCCGCCACGACAAAUCGGCGGAGAGAAAUUAUGGAGGCCGAGGCCGCGACGGGGAAUAAAGUUCUACAGGGCUUGUACAGCUUCGAGCAGACGGACUGGAUCAUACCGCCUCCCAUAAAGGACGGGAUCAUUCCCAAGAACGAAUACGGAAACAUCGAUUUGUUCGCACAGCACAUGUGCCCCCAGGGCGCCGCCCAUGUUCCCUUCCGCGGCGCUGUCAAGGUCUGCAAGAGGCUGCAAAUUGACUACGCCGAAGCGGUCGUGGACUUUGAGUUUGGCCACCGUAUGGCUGUUCCCGUGAUCCAGGGCGUUGUGAUCCCGGAGGAGCACCACGAUCGCGUCAUGGAGGAGCUGCAGAAGGACGAGGCUGAGCGCGUGCGCAAAGAGGAUGAGAAACGCAAGAAGGCAGCCCUCGGACAGUGGCGCAGGUUCCUGAUGGGGAUGCGCAUCGUCAAGAGGAUACGGGAAGACUACGGCGACAUAGACGAGAGUGUGUCCGUCUUUGCACACAGCAAGGGGGGCGCGCCCGGCGGUAGGAGCGGUGGCGGCGCGCUUCCUACAGCAACAAACGAUGAGGACUUGGCCGGUGGGUUCCUACCAGAGGGUUACGAGGAGGAGGAGGAGGACGACGGCCAAGGUGCAGCUCAUGGUGCGUACCACAUGUCGGGCUUCUUUGCGACAGCGGCUGUUGGAGACGACGAGGCACAAGACGAUGACGGGUUAGUCAUGGAGGAUCAUGGGAAUAGCAAUGGCCACCACCGGGAGCAGCCAGUCCAGGAAAAGGAUGAUGCUAAGCAGCCGGAAGUGCCAAAGGAGCGUCCGAGAAAACCGGCACCGCCGAAGAAGGCAACGCCAAAAAAGGCGGCGCCAAAGAGAGGGUCAAGGAAGAAGGCCGUAAUAGAAGAUUCAGAAGAGGAGAAUGAAUAG